AUGCGGUUCCAGAAAUUAACCCAUAAGGAAAAAUUUGGAAUUAAACUUUUACUUUAAUUCUAUAAAGCUAAAUUUAGAUUUACUCAGUAAUUAUAUGAAUAAAUCAAGAUUGGCUUGAUAUUGUAUUAGAUUGUAUGCAAGAAAUUACCUUCUGUUAUUGAAAUUAUGAAAUUUUUGCAUCAAAUAAGAUAAAGAACGUGA